UUGGAUGAUAUUUGGAGAAGAAUUCAAUUGGAGGAGAUUGGCAUUCCUUUUGGGAAGGACCAUGGAGGUUGUAAGAUCGUGCUUACCUCUCGAAGGAAAAAUGUAUGCGAUCAAAUGGGCUGUGACAAGACAUUUAUUGUUGGAACUUUGACAAAACAGGAGUCAUGGGCGCUAUUCAAGGAGCUUGUUGGCAUGGAUGUUGAAAAUUCUAUUAUAAGCUCAAUCGCAAGAGAAGUAACCGCUGAAUGUGAUGGUCUACCGAUUGCAAUUGUGACUGUAGCCAGGGCACUGAAGAACAGAGGCAUGUAUGAGUGGCGUGAUGCUUUACAACAACUUAAAAGGUCAACAUCAACAAAUAUUGAAGGAAUGCAUGAAAAUAUUUCGUAAUUCCUGUUGAAGUCUUAGUGAGAUACGGAACAGGAUUGAGAUGGUUCAAAGACUUGGGGACAAUU